AUGCUGCAAGCAGCUGUUUCAAACAGCCUGGUUGACCAGACCACCAACCAGGAGACCGGGCCCGAGGGACGUCGAUCCUCGGAAACAGCAAAAGGUAAACAGAAAGGUAAGGGACCUAGAGAGCUGCCCGCCAACCCUGGAGUGCUCACCACCCACCCUGGAGUGCUGCCCGCCCACCCUGGAGUGCUGCCCGCCCACCCUGGAGUGCUCACCGCCCAUCCUGGAGUGCUGCCCGCCCACCCUGGAGUGCUGCCCGCCCACCCUGGAGUGCUCCCCGCCCACCCUGGAGUGCUGCCCGCCCACCCUGGAGUGCUCACCGCCCACCCUGGAGUGCUGCCCGCCCACCCUGGAGUGCUGCCCGCCCACCCUGGAGUGCUCCCCGCCCACCCUGGAGUGCUUCCCGCCCACCCUGGAGUGCUGCCCGCCCACCCUGGAGUGCUCCCCGCCCACCCUGGAGUGCUCCCCGCCCACCCUGGAGUGCUCCCCGCCCACCCUGGAGUGAUUCCCGCCCACCCUGGAGUGCUCCCCGCCCACCCUGGAGUGCUCCCCGCCCACCCUGGAGUGCUCCCCGCCCACCCUGGAGUGCUCCCCGCCCACCCUGGAGUGAUUCCCGCCCACCCUGGAGUGCUCCCCGCCCACCCUGGAGUGCUGCCCGCCCACCCUGGAGUGCUCCCCGCCCACCCUGGAGUGCUCCCCGCCCACCCUGGAGUGCUGCCCGCCCACCCUGGAGUGCUCCCCGCCCACCCUGGAGUGCUCCCCGCCCACCCUGGAGUGCUCCACGCCCACCCUGGAGUGCUCCCCGCCCACCCUGGAGUGCUCCCCGCCCACCCUGGAGUGCUGCCCGCCCACCCUGGAGUGCUCACCGCCCACCCUGGAGUGCUGCCCGCCCACCCUGGAGUGCUCCACGCCCACCCUGGAGUGCUCCACGCCCACCCUGGAGUGCUGCCCGCCCACCCUGGAGUGCUCCACGCCCACCCUGGAGUGCUCCACGCCCACCCUGGAGUGCUGCCCGCCCACCCUGGAGUGCUCCCCGCCCACCCUGGAGUGCUCCCCGCCCACCACGGAGGCGACACCUGCUGGUCAUGUACCAUGACGAUAAUAACACAGUCCGAGGGUGUUCAAUACCGCGACGAGGGUGUUCAAUACCGCGAGGAGGGUGUUCAAUACCGCGACGAGGGUGUUCAAUACCGCGAGGAGGGUGUUCAAUACCGCGACGAGGGUGUUCAAUACCGCGAGGAGGGUGUUCAAUACCGCGACGAGGCUCUUCAAUAG